AAGUAUGUGUGUAUAUCAGUGUGGUGUGCAUAAUAAGUGAUUCAACUAAAGUUUUGAGAGAAACGAAUUCCAAGAUUAUUUAUCAGUUAUUUUACGUUAUUGUGCAAAAUGGCAGGAAAACAUUAUUUGAGUGAUACUAAGAAUCCAUUUUUUGAAUUAGAAGAUGACGUAGAUGAUGAAACAUUUUUAAAAAGUGCACCAACAAGGGCACCUAGCUCAUCAUAUAAUUAUGUCAAUAAUUUUGACAAUGAACUUGAAUCUAAACGUCAGCAGUUAUUGCAACGUAGAAAAGAAAUAGAAGAGCGUACUAUUCAUUCAUCGGAGCGAUCUAUUUCUCUUUUGAGAGACUCUGAACAGAUUGGUGCAGCUACAGCAGAGGAAUUAAUUAGACAAAGAGAACAAUUAGAAAGGACAGAAAAGAGGUUGGAUGAUAUUAACAGCGCAUUAAGAUUUAGCCAAAAACACAUUCAAGGUAUAAAGAGUGUCUUUGGUAGUUUAAAAAAUUAUCUCAGUGGAAAAUCCCUGGACACUCCUGUACCGUCUACCAAACUACCAGAAUCUACAAGUUUUGGAUCUACAUCAUCGCCAACUUUAUCUAAUUCCUUAGAUCAAGUUCAAACUAAUAUGGCUAAUAAUCACCCAUCGCUUAAACUUCAAGGUCUUCUAGAUGACGAUGAAGAUCAAAGAAUAAGUUCGUCGAAAAAUAAUAUAACAAAAGUUUUAGAACAAAAUUUAGAUGAAAUGAGUGGGUCUUUGGCACGAUUGAAAGGCUUAGCAAUUGGACUUUCAGAAGAGAUCGAUUCACAAAAUGAUUUAAUUGACAAUAUAACAGAUAAAGCGGAAAGAACAGAUAUUACAUUACAAAAACAGAAUAAAGAUCUUACACAUUUACUAAGAAAGUAAAGAGCUUAUAAGGAAUAAAGCUACGGGGAUAUCUAAAAAAAAGAAUAUCUCUUAACUCCUUUCGGAGUAUACGUAUGUGUAUACAUACACAUAUGGAACAUGAUUCAAUAUAGCUGUCUUUGGUGUGUUCAUAUACAUAGAAAUUUAAACACUAGAAGUGUAGUAGAUUUAAUGUUUAUAAUAUAAACUUACUUGACAUAAAAAGUUUACGAGACAAUUAAAUUAUGUAAAAAUAGUGUCUAAGAGAAUCGUCCAAUGAUUUUUUAACAAUCCUACAUAAAAGUGAAUUAUAAAAUAGAGUUUUUAUAAUGUUUUGUUUUCUUUUCAAGCGUAUUUAAGAGAUCGAUUUUGGAAAUAUUCACAGCAGAUCAUCUAAAUCGUAAAAGAUUAUUCUAAAACAUAUGUAUUACAAUUUAAAUGAUUAAAGUAAAGGAUACAAUAAAAUCAUUUAUAUAUUGAUUGUAAUACAAUAUAGAAAUUGUUAUCUUCAAA